UUUAAUAAUAGUUAUUAAUAUUUAUAUAAUCAAUAGUAUUAUAAAUAUAUAUAAAUAAAUCUAUCACAUAAAAAAAAAAAAAAAAAAAAAUUUUGUUUACACUAAUAAUUGUUCACAUAAUUUUUUUUUUUUUAAUAAUAAACAAUGAAAAAAGUAGAUAGUAGUAAUUUGAUUGUUUUUAGUGAAGAUGACGAGAAAUAUUUCGAUUCACCAUUCAUAUAUUCACAAUCUUCAAAUUUUUUAAAUGAUAAUUUAAUAUGGGAAGAAAAAAAUAAUAUAAAUAUAAUUAAUACGAUAAAUAAUAACAGCAAUAAUAAUUGUUGUAGUAAUAAUAGCAAUAAUAAUAAUUUUUCACCAACAUCUUCAACCUCUACUCCAUCAUAUUUUUCUUCAUCUUCAACAAAUACGUCCGCAUCUUCUUAUACUUCACCAAAUAUAAAUAUAAAUGAUCAACAACAUUUUUUUAAUAUAGGUAAUAACUAUACUUUGAAUACAAGUAAUAAUAAUAGCAAUAUUUUAAAUAGUAAUAAUAAUAAUAGUUUAAAUAAUAAUACGAAUACGAAUAAUAUUAAUAAUAAUAAUAUUAUUAAUAAUAAUAAUAUCCAUCACAGCCAAUUUCAUAAUAAAAAAGCUCAUUGGUAUGAAGAUGAUCAAAAUGACUUUAAUCAUUUCGAUAUCUCAUUUGUCGGUGGACAUAGAGUAUUUUACGCAGGAGAAACGAUUGAAAUGGAAUUAAGGGUUAAGGUUAAAAAUUUACAGUAUUUAAAGGCAACUUUUGAAUCAGUAUCAACCAGUCAUAGUACAAAAACAAAAUUGUUUUCAAAAAAUAC